AUCACGUGGGACGUGAUGACAAAUCGGAUCGCGGCAUCUCUCCACCGCGCUCAUCAUCCGCCGCUGCGACCUGCCACCGCCUGCUUGGUGCUGGAUUCAAUGCCCGGCCUAAGCACAGCGCGCCACGUUGGCUUGGACGAAACAGCACGUUGCCACGGCAUAUGCUUGGCGGCAUAUGGACAGAGAGCUCACCUCGUUGCCGCGGUGGCAGCAGCCUGCUCGCUCGAGCAAGGAAUUAUCGCUCGCGGCAUGGCUUCCUGAAGCACGACCACGACGCGUGCAUAUGAGCAGCAUGGAGGCCAUUCAUGGCGUCGUGAAGCCGUAGAUGUGGUGUUCCAUCCGCCUUGCUGCUCUCCCAAUCGACUCGCUACUUCCUCCCUCACCCUUUGCCCUCAUCAUCUCGCCAUCGCGCCUCAUGCCGUGCCACCACAUGAAGCACCCCGCGCCCGCCGACCCACCGCGCACGGCGGGCGCUUCCAGUGGGAAGCGAGCGAGAAGCGCAGCUUCAGGGGGCUGUCUCCAUAGCGGACUCGCCGCCGCCGCCACAGUCGACUGCGCCCCUCCUUGCCGCGCUGCAGCGGCGACUAUCGCGAUGCCCGACGAGUCCGCCGUGCCUCACGCCGCAUCGCGCGCUCACAUCGCGACCAACCGCCGUUGCAUGAUGCCUGCCGUCCUGCCUCCUCCGACCUCUUGCCCUACGCCGCGAUUCACGGCAGCAGGCUGCACGCCGGUGGAGGGUGGCGCGGGGCGCACGGGCAGCGCCCGUGGAGGCAGACGCGGCGGCGACGACGCUGCGAGCGCCACCCUGCCAGCGGACUGUUCGCAGCAACGGCGGCGGUCGUUGGGCGAGGUGGGCGACGACCUGCUGCUCAAAAUCAUCCUCUGCUCGCACCCCACCGCCUGGGACCUCUGCCGCCUCGCGUGCGUCGCGCGCGCCUGGAAGGCGCUGUGCUACUCCGCGCCCUUCUGGCAGCGGCUGCGCGUGGGACCGGGCAGCAUCCGACCAGGUGUGGAGCAGGUGGCGCGGUGCACGUGGACGACCCGCUGUGCCACGCGCACCUGCUGCACCCCAUCAUCGUCGCCGCACAGCACUCCCUCCGCCGCCUCGUCCUUCACUGCGACCCGCCCACGCCCCCCACCCCCGCUGUGCUGCUGCCGGAGAUGGCAGUGCCGCACCUCAGGGGGGCAGGCAGGGGGCGCGGCAGGGAGGAGGCGGUGGAGAGGGCGGUGGAGGGGGCGGUGGAGGGGGCGGUGGAGGGUGCGUAUGCAGUGGGCGCGGACGACCUCAGAGAGGCCUCCGUCUGCAGCCUACUCUGGGUACUCAGGUGGGCGGCAUACUCCCGGUGCUCAGGUGGGCGGCAUACUCCCGGUGCUCAGGUGGGCGGCACACUCCCGGUGCUCAGGUGGGCGGCAUACUCCCGGUGCUCAGGUGGGCGGCAUACUCCCGGUACUCAGGUGGGCGGCAUACUCCCGGUACUCAGGUGGGCGGCAUACUCCCGGUACUCAGGUGGGCGGCAUACUCCCGGUGCUCAGGUGGGCGGCAUACUCCCGGUGCUCAGGUGGGCGGCAUACUCCCGGUGCUCAGGUGGGCGGCAUACUCCCGGUACUCAGGUGGGCGGCAUACUCCCGGUGCUCAGGUGGGCGGCAUACUCCCGGUGCUCAGCUCAUGGCGCUCUCCUCAUCCCCGUGUGUGUGCGUGUGCCUGUGUGCAGUGUGUACUGCAAGAACGUGCACACCAUUGAGCUGCUCGCCCGCACCUCCUCCCACCGCCCCAACGUCCUCUCUGCUGCUGCCCCCACGACUCCCCACCACGCGCCCCCGCCAGUGCCCCUGGUGCCGCCGCCCUUGGCGUUCAUUGAGCUGCGCUGCCUCUGGUACCUCACCGCCAGCUUCCGCGCCGUGCGCUCGUUCGCGUGCGUGUGCCCCGGCGCGCUGUCGCGCCCGUCCAUCUUCCUCAUGGUCAUCGCGUGGCGCCGCACCCUCGCGUCCCUCGCGCUGCACAUGGGGCGCCUGGCGCUGCUGGACCUGCUGCCGCUUGCCCAGUGCGCCCACCUCACCACCCUGCACCUCGUGGGCGGCUGCCUGCAUGGGGUGGGCGCAGCCGUGCUGGGGAGGGCGGCGGAUGGCAAGGGGGGGAUGAGGGAGACUUGGGAGGGAGUGACGGGUGUGGAGAGAAGAGAGGCAGGGGGGUUGAGGGACGGAUGGAGUGCAGCAGAGAGGGCUGCGGUGCAUGAGGAAGCAGCAAGGGGGGGAGCAGCGGCGUGUGCAGCACCACCGUCCGCAGCCGGACCGCCUGAGGCAGGUUUCACGCUUUCUAGGCCAUCCCCCCUCCACCGCUCGACCGCCCCGGGCGCAGGCGGCCAUUGCCAGUAUCCGGCGGUGCUCCAUCCCAGUGUGCGCAUGCUCACCGUGGAGUGCACAGCACACGAGGUGUGCGACAUUGCGGCGCUGGCCGCCAUGCUGCCGGCGCUGCAGCGCCUCGUGGUGAAGAACGGCGGCCAUGGCACAGCAAGGCCACCUGGCGCCAUACACCACUGCGCUCACUGUGGCGUGACUUGGGGCUUGGGCAGCAGUGCAGGGCGGCAGGGAGGGCGAGCGUACGUGGAGGAAAUGAUGGCGGUGAGGGCACAGCUGAGGGCGAGGGGGGUCACAAUGGACAUGCAAGUGUGAGAGGUGGCAGGUGGGAUGAAGCGUGCGCGCAUGACCUUUGUGCUUCAUCCACCACCUGCUGCAAGGCAUGGCGCCUCAUGUACAGGCUACACAGCAACUAGAUGGGCAGUUAGUGAACCCUCGGAGGACCUAAUGCCAUGGUCGAUUUAGCAACAGAAGAAAGAUUUUGAACACUCACGCCA